CACUUUUAGGUUAUUUACAAAAACACAACACCCUACCUUGUACGUAACAUGCGUUUUGUAAUUUUGGCGGGAACAUAAAACCACGUGUGUUCUUUAAAUGCCGGGCUAUUUCGACAACAAAAACAAGACACAGGUAAUUCUGCUGUGUGUAAUAUGGCGUCGCGUAAAACUAUUUCAUUUGUAACCGGCAACAAGAACAAAUUAAAAGAAGUGCAACAAUUUCUACAUGGAAGUAGCUCCAUUAACAUUACAAGUGUCCCCCUUGACCUGCCAGAAUACCAGGGUGAACCUGAUGAUGUAUCAAAGCAGAAAUGUGCGGAAGCAUCAAAACAACUAAGUGGUCCAGUUCUUAUUGAAGAUACUUGUCUCUGUUUCAAUGCAAUGGGCGGGCUACCUGGUCCUUACGUAAAAUGGUUUUUGGAAAAGUUGGGUCCAGAAGGAAUCUAUAAGAUGUUGGAUGGAUGGGAAGAUAAGAGUGGUUACGCCUUAUGUACGUUUGCAUACAGUAAUGGGUUACAGGGAGAUGAUGUUUUGUUAUUCCGGGGAAAAUGUGAGGGCACAAUAGUUCCCCCACGUGGUCCAAGGACCUUUGGUUGGGAUCCUUGCUUUCAACCAAAUGGAUUUAAUGAAACCUACGCUGAGAUGUCUUCUGAGCUUAAGAAUUCAAUCUCUCACAGAGGAAAAGCGCUUGAAGCUCUAUCUGAAUAUUUCAAAGAGAAAAACUGCGACUGACAUUUGGUUUGACUUGUUCUUUUUUAUAUCACUAGGAUUUUGUAUUUUAUUGCUUUUUCAAAGUUAACAAACAUGUGCAAUAUGGAAUAUAUUUCAUUCUGCACAUUCAAGUUUAUAAUAACGAAAGGUUGUGUAUUAAUAAAUAUACGGAACAGUGAUCAUUAGUACAUUAGUCACAGUUGUUAAUGUACUAUGUCAUUACAACAAAAUGAUACAACAA